AUGGAGGGCGAGCUGACUGGUUUGUUGCUGGUGUUUCUGAUGCCUCUAAUCAGCAUCUGCGGUGCCCAGAAAGUGUGCGACGUGGAUAUCUGGUCUUCCAAUAAAACGCUUUACGCCGGCGGUGCCCACGAUGUGUUCUGCAGGUGCAACCACCCGGAUGUGCGACCCGAGGAUCUGCACCUGAGAACGUUUUCGGUGCUGCCCUUGCUCGAAGUCUCCGAUUUAAAGUGCCACCGUCAGGAGCGUUCAAGGAAUGUGACCUGUGGCUUCAGUAGGAUCGGAGAUCCCAGGUUCUGGAAAGAUCACAGAUAUUCUGUGAGUGUAAAUGGCGAACAGGCAGUCGGGUGUCGGGAAACACCGGAAAACAAAACAUGGAUGCAGUGCCUGGAUAUCGAUCUCCACUACGCAGAUUAUUUUGUGCAAAGCCACAACUUGAGCCUUCAAUUAGAGGGUAACGGUAAAACACAGCUGCAGCAAUUUCAAAUCAACCUUAACCAAAUAACGGUACCGGCUUGGCCAACGGAAUCACCGAUUCUUGAAACGACAGAGGAAAAAAUAUGCCUACAUUGGGAGAAUUGGGUUGACACUGGACGUGAUAUGAAAUGUUUGAUCCAGCUUCUACUCCGGAAACGAAGGAUCGAUCCACAGUGGCCUAAGGUUGAAAGCCAAGCCAAAAAUCGGUGGAGUCUAUGUUUCGACACUCCUUCCCUUAGCAACCAGAUCUACGACGCGAGGGUGUGGUGUCGCUUUGAUAAACCCAUUGGACCCUUUACGGAUGAUCACUAUCCGUUUACGUUUACAACUCCGGCUAGUCCUCCCAAGCAUGCGCCAAAGAUAGUUCCCAACGGAUUCUUCCACGAUGCGGAUGAGGAGAAGCUCUACGUAUUUUGGAUUCCUCUAACGGAACUGCAGUUCAACGGACCAAACUUUACAUACAUCGUCCAGACGCAAUCGGGUAAGACGGCGUUCCUCUUAAGCAACAACACUGCGGUUUUCCAAGAUUGGGAUGCCACACAUUCAUCGAUCGUCUACGUUUGGAGCCAGAAUUCUAGGGGACCCUCAGCAAACAAGAGCCAACUCGAGGUGCCCGUUUUGACGCAUGAGAGGAGUCGUCAGCCGCAGGAGCUAGUUUACCAUGCGGAUAACCUAACCAUCACAUGGCAGCCUCCAGAGUAUCAGAAUGAUCUUAUCGGGUACAUAGUCACCUGGUGCUCCGCUUCGGCAAACAGUUCGCAGAUCUGCGACGACCUAAGACCCAUCAAUUAUCGGGUGCUAGAAGGAUCCCAAAAUUGUUUCCACUUCAAUAGCUCUGUGGUGUUCUCUAAUGUUGCAGUGGCAGCGAGAUACAAAGACAACUCCGGAGGUGGCAUGCAAUGGAAGGAUCCAAAAGAAAACUCCUUCAGACGGAGAUGGGGUUACUAUCUUGGAAGUGUGCUUUUCCUAUUAACGCUCUUCCUGGUACUCAUAUCUAUUCAUAAUUUUCGAAAAAUGUCAGACACUGCGGUGUCCGUCCAACAGUCCAAUCCUCCAGCUGAAACCGCAGUGCCGGGUAGCGGGGCUAUAAAAACAAUUGUGGAGCCUUCCUCUAAUGUAGAAUUCGGCUAG